AUGGAGUUGUGUUCCAAUAGUCUUACGAAAAUUCUUGAACACAAACCACAAGUAUUUCACCGAAAACCUGAAGAACCCAUGAAUUCAAUCGAGUUUUACAUUUCUUGUCAUAUAUUCAAAGAGCUCUUAGAGUGCGUCCAGUAUUUGCAUGAAUUGGAUCCACCGGUCAUUCACCGGGACCUCAAACCCGACAAUAUAUUAGUGACACUAAACGUCACAAAUGGGCGGUAUUUUAAACUGGGUGACUUUGGUUUGGCGACAGUACACGACCGGAAUAUCCAUUCAAUGACUAAUAAUAAGCAUACGGGAGAUGUCGGCGACACUAGAUAUCAGGCGCCAGAAGUGGCUUAUUAUGCAAAAUAUGACCACAGGAUAGACAUCUAUAGUCUGUCCAAAAUCGGCGAAGAAAUCUUUGAUUUGAAUUUCAAUGACAAACUCACUAAUAACACUAAUAACGAAGUUCUAGGUAAACGUGUUCUUAAAUUACAAGACUUACUACAAUCCAUGGCAUAUUAUAACUGGGAUUACCCGCACAAACCCGGCCCUCACUGGACAGACAGACCCGAGUGCUCUCAAAGUUAUAUCGAAAGCAAUUUGAUUGACAACUUUAUUUCAUCGGCAAAUACACAGCAAUCAACUGAUGGCCUUUACAAUAAAGUGAGCUAUGCAUUAGACGGCGGCCGCGAACUCGGAGCUCAUGGACCUACCGGUCCCUCGAAUUUGUCUUAUUUUGAUGACCGCAUAAAGUACGGCACAUAUGAUGAGUACAAUCGUUGA